GAGUCCACAGCCAUGGUUGUCUCGUCCCUUGUUCGUCGAGGUAUGGAGCUGGCCUCCGACAUGUCCACGAACUCUAAAGACCGUGAAGUGCCCUCCAUCCAUCUCUCGGGGUGGCUGGCUGGUCUUUUUGUCUUCUCUGUUCUAGCUUUCUUUUUUGUUGUAUUCUCGAUCGAGUACACCUAUGGAAUGGUGGUUGCUACCCUCGCCGCCAUCGAGGAAACCAACCCCGAUCUCUAUAUCCGCGUCAAGUCCGAUUUCAAUCCUAACAAGGAUGUGGACCCGGCUGAGCCCGAGGCACGCACCCUUCGCCCGCAGCCUGUUACCAGCACCUUGCGCACCGCCGUUAGACAUCUCCGUGCCCGUGCCGGCUUCUGGUCUCGUUUCCGCGGUUUUGGUCUGUUUAUGACAUACUCUCUGGCCGAGGGAUUUAUAUUCGCAAUUCUACCUCUGUCCAUGACCAACUUUGCCGGGCAGCUGGCCGCUAGAAUGAUCAUCGGCAUGGCCUUAGCCAACCUGGAACUGACUUGGCUGCUGAAAAUUGCACCCGUCGUUGCCUUUGAGCAAGGCGCUGUCUGUGCCGCUUUCUACAUUCCUCUAUUUAUUGCCGGAGCUGCCGGAGCUCUAGGCGAUUUGGUUGUUGAUCCCAACACUAACCUCCCACCGGCUGAGCUUGUGAGUCGCGCUGCCACAGCCAUCGCCAUCCCAUCUCUGCUUGCCGCCCUCGUAUCCAUCCCCGCGCGGGCCGUUACGAUUCGUGUCGCAGCCUCCAUGCUCCCAAAGGAGGAUAACACGAUCGUACCCUUUGACCGCUCCUUCGGCGGAAAGGUGGUUCCUGUCACUCUUGGCGGCAGCGGUAAACUCAGCAUUAAAGAUGCAUGGGCGACCUUCGAUGGACCUGCUCGCAUUCGCUACCUGAAGGUGAUCGGUAAGGCCUUUGCCAUGGAGUUUGCUGCGAUGAUCCUCUUUUCAAUUGUACUUGGAUGUCAAGUCCACGCGGGGGCAUUGACGUACGGUAUCCGGCGUACACCGACCCGAGUGACUGUCCUCGUCAGGCGCCAUAUCCCUUCAUCCUAUUCCUCAUUCUCGCCCCGCGCUGCCACUCCCGAGACCAGAACCACCACUAUGGCUACAUCACCAGCAGGUCGCAUGCUGUUGGGGCAGCUGCAACAGAUGCAGUCUGCCAAGGACCUUCCUGGCAUUAGCUGUGGGCUCGUCGAUAAUAAUGUGUUUGAGUGGGAGGUCAUGCUCAUGAUCUCAGAUGAUGUCAAGUUAUACGGCGGCGGCUUCUUCCGUGCUCGACUCUCCUUUCCUCCCGAAUAUCCACAUAUGCCACCGAAGAUGAAAUUUGAAACGCCACUUUUCCACCCGAACAUUUACCCCAACGGCGAUGUCUGUAUUUCCAUUCUGCACCCACCCGAGGAAGACAAGUACGGCUACGAGUCUGCUGCAGAGCGCUGGUCCCCCGUCCAGACCCCGGAGACAAUCCUGCUAUCCGUGAUCUCCAUGCUCUCAAGUCCGAAUGAUGAAAGCCCCGCCAACGUCGAAGCUGCCCGCCUAUGGAGAGAAGAUCCUAAAGAGUUCAAGAAGCGGGUUCGCAAGUGUGUCCGAGACAGUUUGGGCGAGGAGUAA